UCCCAAUUCGAAACAUAACACACAUUACACCGAUCAAAAUUUUCUCCACACGCUAACCUUCUUACACAGAGAUCAACAACAACAACAACCAAAAAUUGUAUAUAUACAUUGAAAUCAAUAAGUUAAUAUUGAUCACUAAAUUAUGGAGCCAAAUUCAUAUGCAAAUUCACGAAUCACAAGAAUCGCCAGCCACCUCAAUCCUCCCAAUCUCAAGAUGAAUGAACAUGGUGGUUCUUCUUUGACCAAUGUUCAUUGCCGUGCCAAAGGUGGAUCACCAGGAUUCAAAGUUGCGAUUUUGGGUGCUGCAGGGGGAAUAGGACAACCUCUUUCUAUGUUGAUGAAGAUCAAUCCAUUGGUUUCUGUUCUUCAUCUUUAUGAUGUUGUUAAUACUCCUGGUGUUACUUCUGAUAUCAGUCACAUGGAUACUUCUGCUGUUGUUCGAGGAUUUUUGGGGCAAAAUCAGCUUGAGGAUGCACUAACAGGUAUGGAUUUGGUAAUCAUUCCUGCUGGUGUUCCCCGUAAACCUGGAAUGACAAGAGAUGAUCUCUUCAAUAUUAAUGCUGGGAUCGUUAAGACGCUUUGUGAAGCAAUUGCAAAGCAAUGUCCUAAGGCGAUUGUAAACUUGAUAAGCAAUCCAGUUAACUCCACUGUUCCUAUUGCGGCUGAGGUUUUCAAAAGAGCUGGUACUUAUGAUCCCAAGAGACUGUUGGGAGUGACAAUGCUUGACGUGGUUAGGGCCAAUACGUUUGUGGCUGAAGUUAUGGGUCUUGAUCCAAGGGAUGUGGAUGUUCCUGUUGUCGGGGGACAUGCCGGAAUCACGAUUUUACCUCUUCUUUCUCAGGUUAAACCUCCUUCCUCUUUCACCCCAAAGGAAAUUGAGUACUUGACAGAUCGCAUACAAAACGGGGGAACAGAAGUUGUUGAGGCCAAAGCUGGAGCUGGAUCUGCAACACUAUCAAUGGCAUACGCUGCUGUUAAGUUUGCAGAUGCGUGUCUUCGUGCAUUGAAAGGAGAGGCUGAUAUUGUUCAAUGUGCAUACGUUGAUUCGCAGGUAACUGAAUUGCCAUUCUUUGCAUCAAAAGUACGACUUGGCCGUAACGGAGUUGAGGAAUUUCUUCCUCUUGGUCCCCUAAGUGAUUAUGAGAGGGCAAGUUUGGAAAAGGCUAAGAAAGAGUUAGCAACAAGCGUGGAGAAGGGAGUUUCUUUCAUCAGAAAAUAAGUUGAUGUCACAUCCUGAAAAUAAGUGGUGGGAUUGAGCCCUGUCAGUUGUGAGAUCAAAAUUUACAAAUAAGUUAUGUGGUUGACGAAUCAAUAAUAUAUCAUCAAAUACCGAACCCGCACUAGAAAAGUGAAAUAGUUAUUCAUUUUCAUUACAAUAAUAAAAGUGUUUAUUUCAUUUAAUUUUGUAUCUAUAGAUUCUAUAUAUCUUCAUUUUUUUUCCCUGGCAA